GUCGUGCCUAGGCAUCGCACGACGCACGGGAGCCAGACGAAAGGGAGACAAGAAGAGGAAAAAGACAUCAGGGAAUAGGACACUGCUGCCUCGCACCUAAUUUUCUGUGGGAAUUCUCCUCAUUAGGACCAUGACAGCUCAGUUACAACGGCUCCGAAGUGCCAAGGGUCAUGCUCACAGCUGCCGAUCGAGCAAUCAUUCCUGCGCUCAGCUGAGGGACAAAUGGAGGAAUGCAACAAUUUCACUCUUUGCUCACCAUGACAAAGCCUCUCUUUGCUGAAUCCUUUUGUGUCAGAUUUCCAGGCUUCGAUCAAGUGUUGGUUACUUGCAAAAGAGCGGCUGGAAAAGCCCCCCUUCCACUUCCACGCUGCCAAUGUGUUCAUGCCUCUGAUUUUCCACAAAUUCUGCUCUCUGGUCUCUGUUUACCUCUGUCUGCUGCUUUCUCCACCCCUUUUCCUCAGUCUCUCAUGCUUUCGCGCUCCCUCCCACAGCUUGCUAUCUCUCCUCCCCUCGUGCCUUCAAAGCCAGCAGUCUGCUCGUCACUCCAGGGCUGUAUGCUACAUGAUCUCUUGGAAAACAGCAUCCACAUCUUGCUCGAGCUGCUCCAUGUGCAAGCCUUAAGAUUUCUUGCCCAGGACGGCAGGAUGCUCCUGCACUGGCAUUGAUUCUUUGUUUUCCCUUUCCCUCCCCUUUCCUAAUCUCCUGCCCUCUGACCCUCAUCCCUCUAUCCCUGACCCUAUUCCCUCUCUUUUCCCCCUCUUUCUUGACAAUGUUGCCAUGUGUCUACUGGCUCCAGCCUGUCCUUGCCUUGCUUUUCUUCGAUUUGUUCACUCAAGGGGAAAACUGUCCAGCAACCUGCCUUUGCCCAGACCCUCACACUGUGGACUGUAGCGGGCGCGGACUUAUCCAUCUUCCAGACGAGAUCCCCUUGGAUGUGCGGAGGCUGCUGUUGGCAAACAACUGGAUCCCACGGAUUCCUUCAGAUUUCCUUGUGCUCUACAGCGACCUGGUCUACCUGGACCUCCGUAACAACUCACUCUCGCACAUCGAGCCAGGCACCCUAAGCACUUCCUCCAGGCUGGUUUUCCUGGACCUCGGUUGCAAUAACCUGACAGAGAUCCCCAAAGGGACUUUUGGGGAGACGAGGAGCUUAAUUAAGUUGCGCUUGGGCAACAACCCGCAUUUGAGCAUGGUCAACGAAGAUGCUUUCAUGGGUCUUACCUCCUUACGUGAACUAGAACUAGAAUGCAAUGCUCUGUCCGGGUUACAUGUGGGUGCCCUCAGCCAGCUGCCCUCUCUCAGGGUGGUAAGGUUAGAGGGCAACCCUUGGGUGUGCAACUGCAACUUUGCCAACCUGUUCACCUGGCUAUUGGAAAACAGUCACAAGCUUCCCAAUGGUAUCGAGGGCAUGGAGUGUUCCUUGCCCACUGAUGGACGCCGUGUGCCUCUCAGCCAGCUCUCCCAGGACAGUUUUCGGGAGUGCCAGAUCACCCUCACCCUCACUGAUUUCCUCAUCAUCAUCUUCUCUGGCAUCUCCGUCUCAGUAGCCGCCAUCAUGGCCAGCUUCUUCCUGGCGUCCACCGUCCACUGUUUUCAGCGCUGGAGCAAGGGCACUAAAGGAGACGAGGAGGAGAGUGAAGAAUGAAGAGGGAAUUUAGAGCUUGAACGACCUUCAGUCUGAUUCAAAGCUACCAGUUCCUGGCAGAGUUCAAACAAACAGCGUGACUGAACAGACACCAGGUAGAACUUGGGCAGAAAUAACAUGAUUGAUAGUGUCAGCACUAGUAGGGACACAGUAUCCUCAGAAUCGAAGACUAUUUAGUAUGAAAUCAAGCCUUAGUAUGCAAACUUCCAGGGAUUUACUUGUUAAAGGAAAUUCUUUGAGAUCUUGUCCUGCAGUAGAGUUUCAGUGUUGUUGAAUACUCGUGUCCGUAGAGUUUCCCUUCAUGUAGUCAAUAUAAAGUUAGCAAAAUCCAACUGUAAUACUUGUUGAUUGUGCCAAAUUAGCACAGGUAGACAGCAAUGAUUCAGACAAGCACUAAUGAUCGAUGGUGAAGAAUUAUCACUAUAGAAAGGUAGCGUUGCAGCUUUAUACAGCCAAGUAUACAUGCUAGAAGCCAUUUUCCUUCAAGUUUAAAAGAUGGGAAAAAAAGACUUAGACCUUGGAGAGAUUUCAGAAAGCAUUACCUGUAAUUGGAAGUAUAGAGCUUAAUGUGAAUAGUUGUGUCAAAUACCGCACUUUAAAAUGGUCCUACCUGACAUCAGCCCUCAAACCACCAGGUACACUGGUUCAGCCCAGAUCUGCCAAAGAAUGCUUUGGUUGAGGGACUGAGGUUGAUAUGUUUUGAAAUAUAUAUUUAUUUUUCUUUAAAGAAAGUUUGUGAUCUUAGCAAGAUCACAUUUAUUCAGCGUAAUAAUGAUACUACUCACAUAUAAUGAUAUAUAAUAUAUCUAUGAGAUGGAGAUAAGUUCAUUCUACAAAUGUCAUUGUAUUAUUCAAUUAUUUAUGUCUUAAAAGUAUAUUUGAAAAGGCAUACAGUGGGCCCAAAACAUAUAAGUCAGACACUGCAUGAAGUAACAAAAUACUGAACCAAGCAAAAGAUGACUGUUUGGUUUAAACAACAACAACAAAAAAAUUAAUGAUAUAAUAUUAUCAAAAUUUUAAACUGAAUUAAAUAUAUACACAAUUAAAAAAGGUAAAAUUCGAUUGCAACAAAGCCCCAGAAAAAUUCUAUUUGGACCGACAAAAGGUUCUGCAUUCUUCAUUUGCUGAUGUCACAUAUUUUGUUUUCCAAACAAAAUGAUGUUCACACAUUAAGUGCCACUUAAGUGUCCAAAUAUGUUUUGAGGCCACUGUGUACAUACACGUGUCUACAGAUUGCUGUCUUGUGUCAACUAAUAAUAAUACAGUGUGUAACUAACUUCUGGCAUUAAUUUCUGUUCAUAAUGUCGAUUCCAUCAAUUCCAAGAAAAUUAUUUUGUCAAUAGAGCGUAUGGGGGAAAUGAUUUUCGAAUGUCAGAAAAAGACAUUUGAUUGUUUUUGUUUUCCUUUAUGAAUAUUUCUAUCAGUCUUGCUUAUUUCAUAUCCUUAUUUGAAAGGGCUUCUGUCUAUAGAAUUAGGUAAAUGUGUUUUGCACAGUUUCAUGAAUCACAUUCAUUAAUAUCAUAAUAUAUCACCAUCCCCUGAUCCAUUGUUGCUGUCAACAGAUGCUCUGGAUGAACCAUUUCGAGAAUAUAUAGCUCCUUUUUCCCAGACAGGUAUCAUAACUUCAUUUUAGCAUUGCAUGAAUUAUUAAUUGGAUGUGUGAAAUGAAUGUUGGGUAUGGAAAAAGAAUUCAUUGUGAUUCAAAGACCAUCUUAUUUUAAAAGAACCUCAGCCAUCAUAUUGUGUUGGAUGUAAGAAGCACGAAUGCAUAUUAAUGUAAUGUAAAUGUUCUUGUGUCAGGACACGGUUGACCCAUAUUAUGCACAAACUUUCAAAGCUAGACUGUAGCAUGUUAUCAUCAGCAGAACCCAAAUCUGCAGCUAUAAUAUUGUAAUACUGAAUUAUUAGUAUUAUUAUUUUUAUUUCCACAUAUAUACGGAAACAGCUGUUCAUUCAACCAUUAAAAAAAAAAAAAAAAAAAAAAACCUUUCUAUUUGCAAUUGAAAUUAGGCAUUAUAAAUGUUAUAGAGACUUACUACUUCAGUUUGUUUUGCAGACCACGGCGUGGCUUCCCAAUGGAAUUUCGAAUUGGUUGUUUGAAUUGCAUUAUAGAUAAAACAAGAUAUAUAAAUUAAUAACAAUAAUGAGAGUCAACUAUAUGAAUAGUAUCCAUGCAUACACAGUCAAACCUCAAAUUUGCACAAAAAGGUUGAAGAUUAAAUUGUUAGCUCAUAAAUCAAAAACUGAUAACUUUUUGGAAAUUCCUAAGGGGACUCAUGACCUGAAAGUUUUUAGUGCUACAAACAGAACAGUAGCUGAUUUUACACAGAUUGGUUGAAUAAUGACAUUUGCAAUGACAAAAUGCAUCAAAUUUCAAUAAUCAGUACUUUUUGUUUCUUGUCCACAAUGUCAAGUAAAAUAUGGCGUGUUCAUUGCUGUACCAUCUGUUUCUGAAUUCAGUACGUGUCGUUUGAAAAAGCCCAGAGCUCCCAGCAUCAGUCAUAUCCUGUGUCAUAACUGUCACACUGAGCGAUGUAGUAAAGAUGUGUGUUGCACCACUACGUGGAGUAUAUUUGUUCUCUGUCUGAACUGAACACCACAUAUACCUAGAAAAGUAACUACUAUGUAGUUACAGUACAAAGAAAGAGGGAAACAUUUUAAUUGAGGGCUUUUCCUGCAUGACCCAGUGGUGACAUCAUCCAGUACUUUGUUUUUUACUCCACAUGGCAGUACACUGUUGAUGAAAUACAAUAUCAUAUUAAACAGUAAGCUA